AUGGCAACAGGCUCGUCCAAAGAAAAGGUGACCGCGGCCUCCUUGCUCUUUGACUCGAACGGCUUUAUCUCGCAGUCCAAGAUAGAAAUGUUCCUCACGGCGGCGCUCAAGAUGCUCGUUGAGAUAGCGCCGCACUUGCUGCUGCAACUCGGAAUGGACUCGCCGGUGGCCAAGGCCCCGAUCGCGCAGUGCUGUGGGUCCUGCGAAACGAACCCAGGCGCGGCACGGGCAACGGGUGCACAGGCGUAA